AUGUCGUCGUGCUUUUUGUGCUCUACACCACUUGAUACUACUACCUUGUGGACCAAGAGAAAACGGUUGGAUGGACGUAGUCUCACUGAUGCUCGACAUACUUUAGAGGUUAUACUUCAAGAACACUCGGGCCUUCCACUGUCUUCGUACUUGCCACCUUCUGGUCCAGCUUAUGUGUGUCACUACUGUCAAAAAGAUUUGAAGAAACUAAGUGAACUUCAUCUGCUGAAGGUUAAGAUAAAACAACAAUUGGCACACUUGCCUGUCUAUGUAUGUGGUACAGCUUCAAAGAGGCAACGACUUGAAGUACCUGGGGAUAAAGAUGGAGACGAAAUGACAGGUAGCCAACCAGAAAUGCUUCAACAGAGGAUCCAAAAAGUGUCUCCAAAAGUAAAGGUGGUUGUAAAAUACAAGUCUGGAAUGAGAGCAUACAACCUUGCUUCUCCAAGAAGAAAGCAGGCAGUAAAGAGAUGUGUUCGCGGGAAUUUGUUCUCGGUGUUUUCUUGUUUGCAACCCCUAAUGGUCUGCAUAUCACACAAAGGUACUCUUAAAAUUUUGGAUAGAAUCAGUGACAACUUUGAUUCCGAAGUGAAAUCAUGGUCAGAAAACUUAAAGCAUCACUUUCCAACAGAAAUGAGGAUAAUUGGUGUGGCCAAGUCAAGUGAAUUAGCCCAGUCUUCUUUGUCUAGCAACCAGUCAGAAUACAGAUUAGACACUGACAAUCAAACAGACCACUGUACAGAAAACCAAACAGUUGACAAGACUGUCUCUACAGACUCUGAAUUGAAAACUGAAAUUUUGGAGAGUGAUGGGCAUUCUUCAAGAAAGUCUACAUCCGACCUGGAUUCACCCUCUAGUCAAUUAAGUGACAUUGAUGUGGAAAAUUGUUUACUUGAAGAUGACACUGGAAGAGAAGUCAUUCAAUGUCAAUGGACUGGAUUUAAGAUUGUGGGUGAUAAUAUUGACAAAAACGUUAGACCAUCCAAUCAAAGAGUUGACCAUCAAACUCGUUCUUAUCACUAUUUUCAUUCCUUUGCGGUCUUGGACAGAAUCGAUCUGAGCAUUUCAUCGAAUAGAGCUCCUAACACAUUCAAUCUAACCAUUGAUGAUUUCUUAAUAAAUAGCCACGACAUCAUGCAGCUGGAAAGAGACUUUGAAGUACUUCUUUCCAGAGUUCUUGUGAGACGACUCCCAGACUUUGAACACCAAGCAGCUGAUGUAGUGUGGCACAUUCCAUGCAAGUAUCAAAAGGAGAUGUCAAGUAAAUCGAAGAUGGUGCCAUUGGGAGUGCUUCUCCACAGUGAAAUUUACCUGCCAGAAAUGUGCAAGAUACUUGGUUCGCUACAAGAAUAUGUCCCCUCUCGUGUAGUGAACAGUACUCUUGACGUGGGAGAUAAGUCAUUGUGCUUGAAAAACGUCGAUUUCUUGCCUAUUUUGAUGGGAGGCGAUCAACUUACAGCAGCCAGGGCUAGAGGGGCCAAGUCUCUAAGAAGUAGCCAUGACAAUGCAAAAGAUAGAUUGGAAGGAUUGCUGCCUGUUGUUGAAGAUUGGCAUGCUCGCCUCACCUUGACAAAGGCUAUAUGGAAGCGCUUAUAUUGGGACGAUUCUAGCAGAGACAAAGGCACUUUACACCAUCUAAAACAUGUGCUAAAUAGGACCAGCGUGCAUAAAGAUCCUGGUAAAGACCUCAAGGCUGCUGAGGACUUUUUUACCCUUGUAUGGGAAGCUCAUGUGGUGUCAGCAGCACAGUCUGUAAAAUCAACACAGGGGAAGAAGAGACCUUAGCACCCUUCUGCAGAAAAGUCAUGGAUUCUUUUGUGUUGCUGUCAUCCUUACUAGCACAGAGGGAACAUUCUACUGCUUUCGAUGCAGUCCAUGUUUAUGCACUUGACAUCCUGAAUCUUGGCCUCAUCUACAAGGGUUUUCAUGACGCACAUGACGCAGUCAAAGAGGGG